UAUAGGAUUUGAAUCCUAUGUGAAACACUAACAAUAACAUGGCACGAAUAUGUGCAAAAGAUUUCAUGCAUUAAUUGAUAGUUUAACUCUAUUAUUAUAAUUUAUAUUAAUAUGAACUAGUGACACAGAACAAAUGAUUAAUAUUAACACAGAACUGUUAUAAUAUCUAUGUUCCUUUUACAGUUUUUGAGUUUUAGUUUUAUUGUGUAAUACUGCAUGAGGCAUUUUGUAACAUCUGUGCUUUGUCCAUCAUGACAAGAAUUGUUUCUGUGACAAUAGAAGCUGCUUCCCCAGAAGAAGGAUCUCCAUUUACAGUUUUUGAUUUUGAAAUAAAGAAGGAAAAGUUUGAAGUACCAAAGGAAACUGAGAACACAUUUGUUAAAACUGAGCAAAGUGUUGAUUCAACAAAGAAUGACAUUAUUUCCAAGUUCAGUGAGAGUGAUGAUGAAACUGUUGAUUGUACACAACAUGAUGUUAUGAGUUUGAAAAGAGAAAUUGAACCAAAAGAGGAGUUUCAACAAAUUAACUCUGGAUUAGAAGGUUUAUCAGAAAUACCCAAUAUGGAUGGAAACCAAGAAACAGUGCAAGAAAAAAAACAUCAUUUAGCAAGAGAAAGAAAAAGGCGAUUGAUGGCACGAGAAAGUCAAGAAAGAUUACCAAAAAUUAGGACAUCUGUAGCAGAGCAAAAAGUAUUGAGACGAUCAAGUGAAGGAACAACACAAAGAAGAUGUGCAAACAGAAAAAAUGAAACAGUGCAAGAAAGAAAAUGUCCAUUAAGAAGAGAAAGAAAGAAUCGAUGGAUGGCACGACAAAGUCAAAAAAGAUUAGAAAACAUUAGGGUAACUGAAGCAGAACAAAUAACAUUGAGACAGCCAAAUGAAACUCAUGAAGAAACAACAGAAAGAAAACUAACUGAUACAGAAAAACAUGUAAACAGAAACAAUGAAACAGCACAAGAAAGAAAACGUCGGUUAGGAAGAGAAAGGAAAAGGCGAUGGAUGGCACGACAAAGUCAAGAAAGCUUAGCAAAAAUUAGGAUAAUUGAAGCACAGCGAAUAGCAUUGAAACGAUCAAAUGAAACUCCUGAAGAAACGACACGAAGAAGACAAACUGAUGCUGAAAGACAUGCAAAAAGAAACAAUGAAACAGCUAAAGAAAGAAAAUGUCGGUUAACAAGUGAAAGAGAAAAUCAAUGUAUAACACAACAAUGUCAAGACAGCUUAGCAAAAAUUAGGAUAACUGAAACAGAAAAAAUAGCAUUGAGAUGGUCAAAUGAAGCUCAUGAAGAAACAACACAAAAUGAUGCUGAAAGAUAUGCAAAUGGAAACAAUGAAACAGCACAAGAACGAAAACGUCGGUUAGGUAGGGAAAGAAAAAGGCGAUGGAUGGCACGACAAAGUCAAGAAAGCUUAGCAAAAAUUAGAAUAACUGCAGCACAGCAAAUAGCAUUGAGACGGUCAAAUGAAACUCGUGAAGAAACAAUACGAAGAAAACAAAUUGAUUCUCAAAGAUAUGCAAACGGAAUCGAUGAAACAAUACAAGAAAGAAAACGUCGGUUAGGAAGGGAAAGAAAAAGGCGAUGGACGGCACGACAAAGUCAAGAAAGAUUAGCAAGAAUUAGAAUAACUGCAGCACAGCGAAUAGCAUUGAGACGGUCAAAUGAAACUCCUGAAGAAACAACACGAAGAAAACAAAUUGAUGCUGAAAGACAUGCAAACAGGUACUGUGAAACAGUGCAAGAAAGAAAACGUUGGUUAACAAGAGAAUGAAGAAAUUGAGAUUAGAAACAAUUAGGAUAACUGAGUCAGAAUAAAUAGCAUGGAGAUGCUAAAAUGAAACUGAAGAAACAACACAAAUUGAUGGUGACAGAUAUGCAAAUGGAAACAAUGAAACAACUCAAGGAAGAAAAAAUAUUGGUUAGCAAGAAAAUGAAAAAAUCAGUGGAUAACACUACAAAGUCAAGAAAGAUGAGCAAAAACUAGGAUAGCUGAAGCAUAGCAAAUAGCAUUGAGAUGGUCAAAAGAAACUCCUGAAGAAAGAAGACAAAUUGAUGUUGAAAGACAUGAACAAUUUAGACAUGGAUAAAAAGCUGUACCAAUUAAUAUCUAUCAAGAGGGCUCAGUAGAGCAGCACAGUUGUGGUUCAAUGUCAACAAUGUGCAAAUUUUGUUACUCAAAAAAUUUUAAAAAGGAAAAACCAUCUGAUGGUAAAUCCAACAAUUGUUGCCAUUAAGAGAAAGUAAGAUUGGAAGAAGGACAACCAUUUCCUCAGUAUUUGAGAGAACUUAUGUUGAGUCCAACAUCACAAAAACAUCUGUUUAUACAACAGUAUAUUAUCGUUUGCAUUAAUGAAAGCAAAACUAGUUGAUGUUCAAGGUCAUGGACUAUAUUGUUUCAGAAUUCAUUGGACAAAUUUAUCAUCAAACUUCUCGAAACCACCUAUUGAAGAGUAAUGUAAAUUUGCUUAACUGUAUGUUUUUGAUUCUAAUGAAGGUGUAGAGGAGCAAAUGAAUCUGUAUGAAAAUAGACAAUUUGACAGUGCUGUAAUGAAGUAACUCAACAAAAUAAUAAGAGAAAAUAAUCCAUUUACUCAGGCAUACAGAAUGUGAAGUGAAAUUGAAAAAGAAGAGUGGAAAAAAGCAUUGAGAGAGAAUUGAACAAUACCAACUGUGAAUAUGAUUCUAUGUAAAAAUAGAAGUGACAGAAGAUAUUACAAUUUGCCACUGAAAUUGCAAUAGUUUUCAAAAAUGAAAAUGGAGAAUCACCAUUUCACAGAGAUAUACAUAUUUAUAUAAGAGUGCAAGUAAAACAAUUAAUUAAUCUAAAUGUCUUAAGAUCAAACUUAGAUUCAAUGACAUGUGUUGCUUUACCAAUAUGGUGAACCUGACUGGCAACCAAAUAUGUAAAUGAAUGAAUGAUUAUCCAAAAAUACUGUCAGGAACAAAAUCUCCAUUCUUCAAUACAAGGUUGCUCAAACAGCAACACGUGACAACUUCUAUCCACUUUUGAGUGCUGGAAAACUAACACAACAGUGGAUUGUGUAUUCUUAUCUCCAAGUUGAAACCAAUAAAUGUAAUUAUAUCAAAUUGAAACAAUCAUAGUUACGAGCAGAGAACUACUAAGGAGUAACAGAACAUAUAUCUUAUGCAGCUGCUAAUGCCGGAGUACCAGCUGGAAGAACAGUGAUAUUGCCAUGAUCAUUUCAAGGAUCACCUAUAAACAUGAGAGAGUGCAAUCAUGAUGCAUUGACAAUUAUAUCAAAGUUUGGAUGCCUUGAUUGGUUUGUAAUGUUCACAUGCAACCCUAAUUGGCCAGAAGUCAGAGAAAAUGUACGACUGGAUCUACAUCCAUCUGUUAGGCCUGAUUUAGUGGCACGUGUGUGUAAAUUAAAGUUGGAUACCUUAGUGACUGCAGUGCUCGGAGAAUUGAAUUCUAAAAAAGAAGUUUGCAUAUGCACACAUUUUGAUUACUUUGAAAAUAGAAGACAAAAUCAAUAAUGUCGACUUAAUUGAUCACACUGUAAAUGUUGAGAUACCUGAUCAACAGACACAAUCACAAUUACAUGAAAUUGUAAUAAGAUGCAUGAUACAUGAUCUUUGCAGUGCCUUAAACCCACACUGUGUGACCAUUCUGGUCAAUAAAGCCCACCAUUGAGAUUGGAUGUUCUGUAAGAACACUUGUAGAUUUUUCCUUGCAUUGUUUUGUUUGCUCCAGACUGCAUACUCAUGGACUAACAUGAGUAAAGCAGAAGGAGAUUGCUGCUCAUUCCUGCUGCUUCUUCAUCUGACUGAAUCAGGAAUAGUCUGUUUCAUGAUCACUGUCUCCGGUGCUGCGUUCCUCCAAACUCUCCUUGCCAUUUACCAGUUCCUAACCACUGGAGUGGUAACCAUGAAGGCUUCCUCCUGAGUGUGCUCAAUUCCAGUCAGUUAAGGGUAGGGUGGUGGUAUUUUGCCAGUGUAGAUGGUGUAUAGACACUCCUCCUACCAUGGAUCUGAUGUACUAUUCCAGGUUAUGGACUGGAAGAUUUCUGCCAAAUUGCAGUUUACCCCUCUGGCUGGGCACCUUCUUCCUACCAUCUCCCAGAUAUUGGUUUCCAGGAGGUACUAGUGUUGGUUGGAGCUGGACCACAUAAGUCCUAACAUGUGAGUGGCUGUCUACUUUUCUACUGUCAUCUGGAUGUUGGUUCCACGAGGGGUACUGGUGUUGGUUGCGUUGAACAUGCACACAUGAUGAUGUUGGUCCUUGGAAUGGAAGAUCUUCUUCCCUUUCAUUUCCCAUGUCUGAGAUGAAUGGUAGAGGACCCUCUUUCUACCAUGGGCCAGAUAUUCCUAUCACAGUACUGCUCUUGUUUGUUGAGGUUGAACUCCCCCUUAUGAUCCACUAUACACCAGGGGUUUCUUCAUUUAAUUCCUGUGGUCCCUCCUAUUAUUCCUUCCUAAUUGCAAUACAUAACUUUUCACAGGCUUAGGGUAUACCUGGCUCAAGAAGUGGUGAGGUCUCCCACAGAUGUGUCUUACAUACUCUAUAUUCACACACCCAAUGAGCUUCCUUUGGACACUUUCUGAAUGGGGCUUAUCUAGGUACUGUUAAACUGGUCCCUCCACCAUGUCAGUGUGGGAUUCUAGCUAUUCUGUGAGAGGAGGUAAGAUAUGAUAUUGGCACUUAACAUUUUCCAACACUGCAAAUGUAUUUCUGAUAGAUUCUUACCUCUUCUCCCCACUUCUGGUGUCUUUUCCGUUUCUGUUGCUCAAUCUUGAAGUGACUUUAGGCUAAGUUGCAUAGAGGGAGUCAGUUGUGCUAGGUGUUGUGUCGCACUUCUAUUGGUGGAGGAUUGUCACAUGUUUAUUUGCAUGCUAUGGCUCAGCUGCCUCACAUGAAAACAUGUGAGGCUAGGAGGGAGUGUCAAGACUAUUGGCAAGCAAAAAUUUAUGUAUAUAGAGAGCAGUACAAGUUGGGAAAAGCUAUUCUGUAAGAAUCUAUCGGAAAUACAUUAUCAGUGUAAGAAAAUGUUAACUUUAAUAAAAGGUAUUCCUGUAGACAAUAGAUAUAUUGUGCCCUACAAUAAAUAUGUAUCUUUAAAAUAUGACGCACACAUCAACUUGAAAACAUGCACUUCUAUGAAAUCAUUUAAAUAUGUAUUCACAUAUAAAUAUAAAAAUAUGUUUGUGCAAAAGUUUUCAUUAUUGAAAACAACAACCACUAACAGCUGACUUAUGAUAAGGUAGCUGCCCUUUUAGAUUCCAGAUUUAUGAGUGCAUGCAAAGCAAUGUAGAGAUUAUUGAAGCUCAAAAUGCAUGAUCAAUCCCAUAUAUUUAUUUGUCUUGCUGCUCAUUUCCCCCUUCAUCAAGAAGUCUUGUAUUAUGCUAACUAUACAUCAACAACAUUGACAGAAUUCUUCACUCUCAAUGAAUCUGAUGUUAAUGCAAGACAAUAUCUAUAUGUAUACAGAAAUUCCAUACCAUUAUGUAUUUCAAAAUAAUGUUGGGAAGAAAUGGCAACUUGGUCAUUGUAAAAUUAUUCCAUGAAUGUAUACUUUUAGCUCUAAGGUUCCAAAAGAUGCUAUCUUUGAUUGCUCUUGCUACACAUUGGCAGUGCAACAAGCUUUAAAGAUUUGCACACUGUUGUUGAUGGAAAAGUUUGUCCCAUUUUUAAAGAAGUAGUGAACAACAUUUAUUGGAAAAUGAUGAUGAAUGGUAUGGAUGUUUGGAGGAAGCAACUGUCUUUCAAAUGCCAACACAACUAAGGCAAACUUUUGCUUUCAUUUGUAUUUUUUGUCAACUUACAAAUGAUUUAACAUUGUGGGAAAAUUAUUGUAAUGAAAUGAAUCUUUUAGCAAAUAAAAAGCAUUGUUUGACAUCAAAACCACUGAAAGCUCGUAGUCUAGAAUUUUCUUCGUUCAAUUUACCAGAUCCUGGACCUAUUUCAAGUAAUAAAAGCCUAAUUUUUAAUGCAUCAAAAGCUGCACAACAAAAAAAAUCAAAAAUCUCAAUCCACAACAGCUAUCUGCCUUGAAUAAAAUAAUCAAUGCUAUAGGUAAUGAAGACUGAACAUCAC